AUGGACCAACCACCAAAAAUUCAAUCAGACGUAGACAAUCUUGUAGACAUAAUGAAGACAACAUUCAACAGAGCUGCUAUCAGUGCAAUUGAAGAAGCAACAAGAAUGCAGUACAAGAGCAGCUUGUGGUAUGAGAUGAGGUAUGGCCGUAUCACAGCUUCAAAGGCACAUGAAGUGAGCGUAUGUCAUACACCUGAUGGUUCAUUGGUUGCUACUAUAAUGGGCGCAAAAAUACCAGAUACUAUUGCAAUGAAAAGAGGUAGAAGUUUGGAGCUAUCGGUCCGGAAGACAGUUAGUACAACAUUGAACAAAAAAAUCAGAACAUGUGGACUUUAUGUAUGCCAAGACAAUCCCAUGCUUGCAGCAUCUCCUGAUGGUUUAUUGAAAGAUGCCACUGUUGAAAUAAAAUGCCCUACCAAAGCAAAAGCUAAGAACAAUUAUUUAAAAAAUGGAAUUAUUUCAGAGAAAUGUAAGGCACAGGUUCAAUUACAGAUGCAUGCAACUGGCAUUAAGAUAGAACGCGCAGUUGCCGUUGAUGCGGGAAUCAGGAUUUUGCCGAAAACUGAGGAUGACUACCGAAGAAUCGUUCGCCUGUUCAGGGAGGAGGACGUGCCCCAUCAUACGUUCCCUCUUCCUUCAGAACGAAAUAUUCACGCGGUAGUCAGAGGCAUACCCGCAAUGUUUUCGGAACAGGAGAUGAAAGGGGAAUUAGAACAGAGGGGAUAUACUCCUCUCCACAUUAUCCGACUCAAACGCAGUGGCGGCGCACCCAUGCCUUUGGUGGUCGUGAUACUGCCCAAGAUUGAAAAGUCCCAGCAGCUGUUCAAUGAACAGGAGCUGCUGGGUCUAGCAAUCAGAGUUGAAGUUCAAAAGAACUCUAGACUUAGCCAAAGAUCCAAGGAAACGAGACCGAGUACAACAAAUGAAUUAGACUCCACUUCUGAUUCGGUUAAUUCCGUAUCCAGUAAGAUCCAGAAUACCAACCAACCUCAAAAGAAAAUAAUAUGUUUCCAAAAAUACAAGGCUGAAUGGGAGCAGCAUGAAAAUUUUAAGAACUGGGUGCAGCCAAGUUCCCGCAGAAGCUAUUUUUUCCACUUGCAAUUAUGA